AUGGCUGGACAAAUUGAGAUGCCGCGCGUGAAACUCGGAAGCCAAGGACUCGAGGUAUCAAGACUAGGUUAUGGUUGUAUGGGGCUUUCAGGUGUAUACAAUAAUCCUCUCCCUGAGGAGGAAGGAAUUGCAAUACUCAAAGAGGCGUUUAGCAAAGGCAUUACAUUGUUUGACACGUCUGAUGCUUAUGGUUUGAACCAUGCCAACGAGUACUUGGUCGGGAAGGUAGGGCCCAGGCACCUUACACUGCCAUUUGUUUUGGCUCCCAAUCCAAUCAUGCUUCCGGUGGGAGCUCACACAACCCCUGCCGACAACUCACACAGAGGGCAGUGA